GAUUUAACGCAUUACAUUAUACCAGGGAUUAAUUUUAUCGUUCUCAUUUUUCAAAAUCAGAAUUAGGGUUUGGAAAUUGAAGCUGAAAUGUCCGGUAAAGAUAGUCGAUAUGAUGCCAAUGGCGAAGACUCGCAUCACAAGAGUUCUCGGGGGUCAGAUUAUGAGAGGUCCAGGACUAGAGACCAAGAACGAGAUCGUCAUCGUAGGGAUUAUAAGGACAGAAGCAUGAGGGAUGACAGAGGAAGGGAUAAGAAUGAUGAUUAUGACCGUCAACGGGGUCGUGAUCAUGACAGAUACCGUGACUAUGAUCGAGACAAAGAAAAGAGGCAUAGGCAUAGAUCACGCUCCCGUUCAAAGGAAACAUCAAGGAAGCGAUCUGGAUCACCCUCUCGGUCCCGUUCUCCUUCAAAAAGCAGGCGGAGAAGUGGUUUUGAUAUGGCACCACCUGUUGCUGCUAUGCUGCCUGCUGCUGCUGUUCCAGAAGGCAAUGUUGGGCAACAUGUCCCACUGUGCUACCCAUGGGCGUGACUACUGUAGAUUUUGUGUUCAACGGAGAACCAAUGCGUCGAUUAGCUGGAUCUUGUUCGCCUUCAACCGGCAACAGUUAUCAUUUGGGCAACUGCCUGGUGCUCCUCAAACAACUGCAGGAACAGUUCAAAAUAUGUUACCUUUUGGAACUCAGUUGGGAGCUCUUCCUUUGAUGCCGAUCCAAGCCAUGACUCAACAGGCUACAAGGCAUGCUCGCCGGGUAUAUGUUGGUGGGCUUCCCCCCUUGGCUAAUGAACAGACAAUUGCAACAUUCUUUAGCCAGGUUAUGGCUGCUAUUGGGGGAAAUUCUGCUGGUCCAGGUGAUGCAGUAGUGAAUGUUUACAUUAAUCAUGAGAAGAAAUUUGCUUUUGUGGAGAUGAGAACUGUUGAAGAAGCAAGUAAUGCAAUGGCAUUGGACGGAAUUAUAUUUGAGGGGGUUGCUGUAAGGGUAAGAAGGCCUACGGAUUACAACCCUACAUUAGCUGCAGCACUUGGUCCUGGCCAACCAAGUCCUCACCUUAACUUGGCAGCUGUUGGUCUCGCACCAGGGGCAAUUGGCGGAGCAGAGGGUCCUGAUCGUGUCUUUGUGGGUGGAUUGCCGUACUAUUUUACUGAAGCACAGAUAAGAGAGUUGCUCGAGUCCUUUGGGACUCUCCGUGGCUUUGACCUUGUGAAGGAUAGAGAUACAGGGAACUCUAAAGGAUAUGGUUUCUGUGUCUAUCAGGAUCCAACGGUGACGGACAUUGCGUGCGCAGCUCUGAAUGGCUUGAAAAUGGGUGAUAAAACUUUAACUGUUCGGCGUGCAACUGCCAGCAGUGGGCAAUCUAAGUCAGAACAAGAUAAUAUAUUAGCUCAGGCUCAGCAGCACAUUGCUAUUCAGAAAAUGGCCUUGCAAACUGGUGUUAUGAAUCUUCCUGGAGGGGGGAUAGCACCUUCAGCAUUUGGAGAAAGUCCAGCUAAAGUAUUAUGUUUGACUGAGGCAAUUACUGCUGAUGUUCUGGCGGAUGAUGAAGAGUAUGAGGAAGUACUGGAAGACAUGAGAGAAGAAUGCAGUAAAUAUGGAACCUUGGUGAAUGUUGUUAUUCCUCGCCCAGAUCCAAAUGGAGAGCAGUUUCCAGGUGUUGGAAAGGUUUUCUUGGAGUAUUAUGACAUAGCUGGUUGUGCCACUGCAAAAACCGCAUUAAAUGGGAGGAAAUUUGGAGGGAAUUUGGUGAAAGCCUACUAUUACCCAGAAGACAAAUAUUUCAAUAGAGACUAUAGUGCGUGAAAUUGGCAAAAUUCUAUUUUAUUUUCAAUUUUCAUUAUUGUUUUAUCACAAUGUACAGUAAUCAGUCUGUCAAGUUGUGUAACAUUUUAUUUAUAAAUUUUAACUUACAGACACACUUGUAAGACAAAUAGAUAGUCAAAAUGG